AUGUUGGCACAAGUGUUUCAUGGAUCCUUUACAUUGUUUUUUCUAACUUUUAUUUCAUUCUUUUGGCAAUUACAUGCUGCUGCUACCUGUAAGGAUAAGUUUAAAGUAUUUCCAAGUCACUCAGCAUGUCUUCCAAGAUCACCUCAAGCCAGAAUUCCAGGUCCUGUAGACAAAAAUGUUGUUUUGGCUCUUCACAAUGAAUAUAGAGAGAAAGCAGCGAAGAAAUACAACGCCAAAAACAUUUUGAAGAUGAUAUGGGAUCGUGAAGUUGCUAUGGUUGCACAGAAAUGGGCGGAACAUUGUUUUGGUGUUCAUGAUAAGAACUAUCAGCGAUUAAUACCAGGAAGAUUUCCCAUAGGUCAGAAUAUUGCAAGUUCGAAAGAGAAUAUAACAUGGGAAACUGUGGUACAGUUAUUCUAUAAUGAAACGAAGGAUUUCCAUUUUGGAGAAAAGAAUAAUAUGCUGAAAAAGGUUGGCCAUUUUACCCAGUUAACUUGGUUUGAUUCUUACAUACUUGGUUGCGGUUACGCCAUUUGCAAUGGAUAUCAUUUCUAUGUAUGCAACUAUGCACCGAGUGGCAAUCACAAAGGCCAACUUGGAUUCCCGUUUUCAACAAACGGAACAAAUACGGAUUUGCGUGAUUGCAAGAAGAAAAUAUGCGAAGGAGGAAGUAAGCUCGAUCCAUUAUCAUGUCAAUGUCUGUGUAGAAAGGAUUAUUAUAAGAAAGACCUUCGGUUUUAUAAAUCUUCUGCAAACAAUUGUAAACUUACAUGCAAAGAAGACAAGAAAGAACAAUUCUUCUGUGGAAAUAGUGGUUAUGGAGAACAAAGUUGUCUUACUUUGUCAAACAUGCCAUUUGAUUGUCCAUACACAUGCCGCGUGUGUCCCUAUUCCGAUGAAGAAAACUACAGAGAAGGCAAUACAACCGUUGUUAUUUUGGGUUCAAGUGAUGCAGCACCAGUUAGAAGCAAUCUGCUUACUUUAGCGCUAUUGUUGUACUUAUAUUCAAAAACUUGUUAAUUUCUGUCAUAUUCCAUUUAAUCUUUUUUUUCAUCCGUCUUAUUUUUUUCCUUUCACUUUUUCGUUCAGAUAACAUUGAUAAAAAGGCCCAUUCCGUACCGUAUGUAUCAUAGAGAUAACAAAUAAAGGAUAACAGUGACGUUUUAGUUACGAAAUAAUUAGAAACUCUUGAUAAUGAUUUGUAUGUUGGGAAGAUAGCGGUAUUUGUGUCAAUAGUAAGAACAAAACUAGAGUAUUAAAUUUUAACGGAAUAGACAUUAUGAAAAUAAGGCUGUUCAAAGCUCAAAAAAUUAGAAACAAUCUAUAUGAGAACCCCAAGCUCAUUAAUGGCAUUCGUCAUGAUAGAACACACCUCCGACAAAAUGGCUCAUUUAGGAUAAAAGCCUUUUAAAAAGCGUGGACUGAGAAAUAUAUCUGUAUAAUAUUAGUUCACUAAUUGGUAUCUCAAUUAUAUAAGUUCAACCAAACCUUUGACAGUACGACUGUCACAAGUUGAAACCCUCGUUUGAUGUUAACAUUAAAUUUGAAAAUACGCUCUUGAAAGUCUUUUUUUUAAAUUUAUUUAGGUCUUUGUGAACAAGUUUAGGUCACCUAAGGUGUGUCAACUUAAUUUGUACAAUCUAUUGAUGUCAAUAUUAUGGCCCAAUAAGUGAGUUAUGACGGUAGGUUCGGUGUCAUUAAGACUAUACCUGUAAAUGUAAUAAUGUGCAUGAUAAAACAUUACAAAUUAUUAGUGAAUUUAGGAUAAUUUCAAUAAGAUGUGUCAAAACAAAAGACCGCUUUCGAGUUAUGUCCGUCACCGAAAAAAUAGUCAAUCAUGCGCGCCUUUAUGCAUGUUUCAGUAUUUGAUUAUGCCAUUUGGUUAGUGACUUUUGGUUUUGAAUUUUCCUCGGAGUUAGUAUUUUUUUAUUUAUUUUUACUUUUAAUGCCGUCAUUUAACAAAUAGAGAGGACUACAUCUAUGCAGGCUAAUCUAGAAGUAAUGUUCGUAUUUUUUUAAAUCACAAUUCCUUAAUGACAACAGUGCUUAUUAUUAAUUAUAAGAAUCUAAAUUGCCAAAAAUUUGUGCAACAUAACAAAACAAUCAACGAAAACAACAUAUAUCUUAUGUUUAAACACACUACAGCCACUGGAUUACAAACUAACAAUUUGGGACAGGCACAUACAGAGUGU